UCAAGUUAUCUUGAAGUUUGUCAGUCAUGACGAAACCAAACGGGAUCUUUGGAGUAGUUACCUCCGUACAUUUUUCGUUUUUAAUACUUACAGUUAUUGUAGGAUCAUUAGUUUCGGCAAAAAUGUGGAGACCGAUUAUGCCGAAAUUUCCAGAUACUCCCGAGAGAAUAGGAGAAGGAGCAGUUAAGUACGUUAAAGAAUUAUUGGCACCAUUAACACCAGGAGCAAGUAAAAAAGAUCCGAAUUUGAUAAUGACCGGUGAAAGUUGUGCUCGGGGUUUGGGUAGCUUAUACAUUGUAAAAACGCGGGGAAAAACUUUGUAUACUGUGUGUUUCAAUGAUAAAAAGGCGAGUGCGAUCUAUAGCACGCAUAUAGUUGACUUGGCCAACAAAACGAUUGAACAAUCCAAACAUCUUACUUUCAAAGCAAAAUACACUUUGCGAGGCUGGAAAGUGAAUUCCUUAUACUGUGCUAGAAAUCAAUGUAACGCAUUCAAUAAAAAGUUCAUCCCGUUUACGCAUCCGGAAACGAGAAAAAAUAAAUAUUUUUCGCGAAAUCAUUUAACUCCACAUGCUGACUUUGCAUUGGCCAAACAUCAAACAAUGACCUACUACUUUCAUAAUUCCUUUCCAGGAAUGCAAUCGAUGAAUGUUGCGAAUUGGAGUAAACUUGAAGACUUUGUACGUGAUUUGUCAACUCAAAUGGGCAAGGUGCUGCUCGUAGUUACGGGAGUGUAUGGGGUUUUGAAGAAGAAAACCUUAACGGGACACACGAUGGACGUCUAUUUAGAUCAGAAAAAUGAGCGCAUUGAAGUUCCGUUGAUUGUGUUUAAAUUGGUGGUCGAUCAAAAAACGAAUGGUUCGGUGGCAUUUUUCACAUCAAAUGAUACCGAAAUGGAUGAACAACAGCAAAAUCAGUUUUUAACGAUUUGCAAAAGUGUUUGCGAUGAGAUCGCAGCCAAUUUUAAUCCAGAUGUUAAAGCUGGUCUUACCGUUUGUUGUCGAUAUGCUCAAUUCGCGAAACAUAUUCAAUUUAUUCCAUUCAAGUUGUCGAAGAGUAAUUUAUUGAAAAAUCCAAAACGUAUAGAGCGAUCAUACUCUCGAUCAAAUUCUUCAUUGAAUUCUCCGCCCAAAAUGACAAAAACAAAUUCUUCCAAAAUAACGAAAAUCAAUUCGUCUAAAAUGACGAAAACAGACAAGGUAAAAUUGACGAAAACGAAUUCAGUGAAAAUAACAAAAACAAACUCGUCCAAAACGAUGAACACAACUUCAUUAGAUCGAUCGUCAUCAAAACGAUCUGCUUCAGUGAGACCCUUACAAUCUGAUAACACUUUAUCAACAUCUGAAGAUUUGGAAGCAGAAGCAUCAUCACUAAUCAAAAAACUUUCGAUAUCGGGAAGUAGAAACUCCCGUGUAUCAUUUCAAGACACUCAAUCGCCGUCCAUAACAUCAGCCGAUCAAUCAAUAUUACGCGCUGAUGGUUCGAACUCAGUAAUCAAUUUAUCUGCUGAACGUGCAUCGCAAUUGAAGUCUUCAUCAAUGAAAAGAUCAGCUAGACUCGCAAAAAUACAAAUAUUUCCAUAAUUGGAAAUUGUUGAAAAAAAAUCCAUCUGAAAAUUACAACGAAUCAAAAUUUGAGAUCCAAAGCAUUAAAUAAAAUUCAAAUACAACGAGUAAAAA